CGCGCGGCGCCGCGAUCUGAAGAGCGGGCGGCGGCUCGAGCCCUCCCCGCCCGGCGAGUGGGACGGGGUGCCGGGAGCCCGGCUUUGUUCCAGGGCUGGGGUGCGGCGGAUUCUCAACGCCGUUCCCCACCCCCGCAGGAAACGCCCAGAAUCACCCCACGCCGCGGUCUACAAAGCCCGGGGAGUCCGAAGGCGGGAGGGGUCGGGCGCGCUCGGGCGGCAGGCGGACUCCCCACGCUCUCCGGCUCACGCCCGACUCCCCCAUCUGGUCGCCUCCAGUCCCAUGAGGACCCCCAGGCCGGGGCUGAGAGCCUGGCGCAGCCCGGACCGAAACCUUGCGGCGGCCGUAGAGCGUUAGACAGGUCAGUGCCCGGGCGGGAUGGGGGGCAGCGCUGGAGGCGGCAGGAGGCGCGCUCGCCGGUCCACCCUGUCCCUCGCUCAGCCUCCCGAGGCCACUCACGGGGUCACCUCCGCCGGGUGCACCCAAUAGCGCGGGCGUGAUUCUGCAUUUUUCAUGACAGGGAAGGUGUGGAGCUGCCCUCUGCAGCCCACCCGGGGGGCAGGUGAUGCCGGGACCGAGGGGUGGGGGACGCGCGGGCCAAGGGGGCGGCGGGCUUGGCGAUGUCCGCUGCUCUAAUGAAGCAGUGCCCUUCUACUUAUGCGCGGCCGCGUCGAAACCACCGCAUCCAAAGGUCUUUUGCAUCAAGAUGCCGGGCCUCGGGCGUGAGAGGAAACCGAGAUGCGGGAGAGGGCGAGAAGAAAGGAGGCCGGGAGACCCGAGGCCCGGCGAGUGCGGGGAGAGGGCCGGGAGAGGUGGGGGGCGGGGGGGACGAUUCGCCGUGCACGCCCUAGCGCGCGAAAUGUGGAGAGCGCCCUGGGCGGCCGGCGAGAGCCUCCGAGACGGCCGGGGUCAUUGGUGCCAGCCCACGCCUUCGCUCCCCACCUUUCUCAUCCUCCCACCCCUACCGCCCACCCAGGAUGCGGCUGGGCCGCCGGGCCCUCUGUGUGCUGGUCCUGCUGCUCGCCUGCGCCUCGCUGGGGCUCCUGUACGCGAGCACCCGGGACGCGUCGGGCCUCCGGGCACCUCUUGCGCUGUGGGCGCCCCUGCAGGGCCCCCCCAGGCCAGAGCUGCGAGACCUUGCCUCCGAGCCCCGCUAUGCACACAUCCCAGUCAGGAUCAAGGAGCAAGUGGUGGGAGGCAGGUCCGAGCCAUUGACCUCACCAAGGCCUUUGACCCGGAGGAGCUGAGGGCUGCCUCUGCCUUGAGGGAGCAGGAGUUCCAGGCAUUCCUUUCAAGGAGCCAGUCCGCUGCUGACCAGCUGCUCAUAGCCCCUGCCAACUCCCCCCUACAGUACCCCCUGCAGGGUGUGGAGGUCCAGCCCCUCAGGAGCAUCUUGGUGCCAGGGCUGAGCCUGCAGGCCGUGUCUGGUCAGGAGGUGUACCAGGUGAACCUGACUGCCUCCUUGGGCACCUGGGACGUGGCAGGGGAAGUGACUGGAGUGACUCUCACUGGAGAGGGGCAGCCAGAUCUCACCCUCGCCAGCCCAGGGCUGGACCAACUCAAUCGGCAGCUGCAACUGGUCACUUAUAGCAGCCGAAGCUACCACACAAACACAGCGGACACAGUCCGGUUCUCCACCCAGGGACAUGAGGCUGCCUUCACCAUCCGCAUAAGACACCCCCCCAACCCUCGGCUGUACCCACCUGGGUCUCUACCCCAGGGAGGUGAGGCUGUCCAGUACAACAUCAGCGCUCUGGUCACCAUUGCCACUAAGACCUUCCUUCGUUACAAUCGGCUACGGGCACUCAUCGCCAGCAUCCGCCGCUUCUACCCGACGGUCACCGUGGUCAUCGCCGACGACAGCGACAAGCCAGAGAGCGUUAGCGGCCCCCACAUCGAGCAGUAUCUCAUGCCUUUCGGCAAGGGCUGGUUCGCGGGGCGGAACCUGGCCGUGUCGCAAGUAACCACCAAGUACGUGCUGUGGGUGGACGACGACUUCGUCUUCACGGCGCGGACGCGGCUCGAGAGGCUUGUGGACGUGCUGGAGCGGACGCCGCUGGACCUGGUGGGGGGCGCGGUGCGCGAGAUCUCCGGCUUCGCCACCACCUACCGGCAGCUGCUGAGCGUGGAGCCCGGCGCGCCAGGCCGCGGGAACUGCCUCCGGCAACGGCGCGGCUUUCACCACGAGCUCGUCGGCUUCCCAGGCUGCGUGGUCACCGAUGGCGUGGUCAACUUCUUCCUGGCGCGCACCGACAAGGUGCGCGAGGUCGGCUUCGACCCGCGCCUCAGCCGCGUGGCGCACCUGGAAUUCUUCCUGGAUGGGCUUGGUUCCCUUCGAGUGGGCUCCUGCUCAGAUGUCAUUGUGGAUCAUGCAUCCAAAUUGAAGCUGCCUUGGACAUCAAGGGACUCUGGGGCAGAGACUUAUGCCCGGUACCGGUACCCAGGAUCUCUGGACGAAAGUCAGGUGGCCAAACACCGCCUGCUUUUCUUCAAACACCGCCUGCAGUGCAUGACCGCGGAGUGAUGGCCACUCAGGGCCUUCCAACUGUCAGGCUGGGCCUGCCUCCUUGUCCCUGCCAGGAAUUUCUAGCAAACCCCACCACCCAGUGACCACCCCACACCCCCGACCAUCCCCAAUCUCCUUCAGAACCUGAUCCCAAACAGGGGCUUGUCCUGGUGACACUCCUUUCUGCGAGUGCCUCGGGGUGUGAUGGAGUCAUAACUCCUCCUACAACCAGUGCCAAGUCCUCCCCCAACCCCCUUCUCAUGGGGCAGGAAGCUGGAAGGGGGGUGCUUUCCAAGUGCCAAAGAGCCUGUGGGGACUCUAAGAACCUAAAGUGGAAACACCCUUCUCUCAUCUCCUUGGGACUGAGGGGUGGGGAAGCCCCCAGCAUGUAUUCCAAGGGCUGUGCCUCCAUCCCCUCAUCUCUGGAUCCA